GCUGAGCAGCUAGCUAGCUAGCUAACAGCAACAAACACACAGCAGCGAGACGUGAGUCUGGAGCUUUCGCCAAACGCAAACUUUUAAUAACCAGGGCUAAAAUGGCCUCUUUAGGAGAACCUGUGCGUCUGGAAAGAGACAUAUCUCGUGCUAUUGAGCUGCUGGACAAGCUCCAGAGAACAGGGGAAGUGCCUCCCCAGAAGCUGCAGGCACUGCAGAGGGUUUUGCAGAGCGAGUUCUGCAAUGCCGUACGGGAGGUAUAUGAGCAUGUGUAUGAGACGGUGGACAUAAAUAGCAGCCCAGAGGUGAGGGCGAAUGCAACAGCAAAGGCUACAGUUGCUGCAUUUGCAGCCAGUGAGGGUCAUUCUCACCCCCGUGUGGUGGAGCUCCCAAAAACAGAGGAGGGACUGGGGUUUAACAUCAUGGGUGGGAAGGAACAAAACUCACCCAUCUACAUCUCCCGUAUCAUUCCUGGAGGCAUCGCUGAUCGGCACGGCGGUCUAAAGAGAGGAGACCAGCUGCUUUCCGUCAAUGGAGUGAGUGUAGAAGGAGAGCACCAUGAGAAAGCCGUGGAGCUGUUGAAGGCUGCUCAGGGGACAGUGAAGCUGGUGGUACGAUACACCCCUAAGGUCCUGGAAGAGAUGGAGUCGCGCUUUGAAAAGUUGAGGUCUGCCAAACGCCGGCAACAGAACAAUUUCCCCUAGUAGGGCGUCUCGCCUGUGUCCCCCAACCCGCCCCUUCCAUCUCUCUCGCUCUCUCUCUCUCUCUCUCUGCCAUUGUCUUUAAUUCCUCUGCCAUCUGUCUUUCUCUUUCACACUCACUCACCCCCUUUCUGCAGCCAGGGAUUAGCCACAUGUUUGGCACUCCUUUUUGUGAAAUUUUCUAAUUCCUCGCCUCCUGAACAGUUUUUUAACAGUCUUUUCACACACUUCUUUCUCAUAGCAUGAACACUACUACAUGGGCUCUGGAUGUUGUCAUGUAGACAUCACAUACAUGCACUAUCGGUGCAUUACUAACUAAGAAUGUACUGUCAUUUGGGAUGUUGAUUAGUCAGAUAUGCAAGGGGACCAUUGCAAUGUUCAAAUCCUGAGGUCAUCUGAAUGAAAAUGUCAAAAAGUGCCUCAAGAGAUUUAAAAAAAAUGAAAAAAGAAAAAAAGAAAUGUCUGCAGCCCUCUGUAUGUCCCAUCGUAGGUUGUUUUAUGGUCCAAGCACAACACUACCACCUUGCUAAAAUGCUAAAUGAGUGUAAAAGUUUCAUGAUCUCGAAAGAGCAGGUUUUUUUUUUCUCCAAAAGGGGUUUAUGGUGUAUUGUUUGCCACAGAUGAAGGAAAAGUUCACCAGGAAUAUCAUAUGUUAAAAUCUUAUUUGAAUCUCCGGAGAGUUAAAAGGCAGAGUGGUGACAAGCAUCCUAUCAGAAUUGCUAUAUGCUUCAAACACAAAAUGUCAGCUGUAAAUAUACUCCAGUACAAAAAAUGCCAAACUGGUCCUGCUUGCUGACCCAAACUGAUGGACUCCUCAUGUUUACAGUACAUGUCGAGCUGACACUUUUUUUUUUCUUUUAUUAAAAAAAUUUCACAUGCUGUGAAAAUAGUUAAUAUAUCAGGUGUAUCGAGUAAGCAAAUCCAUUUUUAUCAACAAAAAUAGAGAAAAAAAAUAGCCGCUCGGGUGUGUUUUGACUCAUUUAGAGCCACAAAGCGGUACGUACCAUAACGAUCAUGCUAUUUAAAUGGCCUGCUUUUUAUUGAAAAUAUGUGUGGAGUUUUUACAAAUUGUUCAAGCAAACAACAGUUCAGACGGGAUGCUCGUGGCAAUGUUUGGGUGUUGGUGAACCAGAAAAUGAAUUAAAAAUAAAACAUUUUUGUAGCAUAUGCAGAAACACGGUGAAAGCAGUCACUAGCUCUUAUUCCAGCUCUCAUUCCAGUUUUUAUUUGUAGAAUUUAAGAUUUUAAUUUAAAAGCAGAAACACUAAGUUUAAAACUAUAGUGGGAGAUAGUGUUGUUUUAUGGUUAUGUUUUAUCGUCUGUUGUUUCAUAACGCUUUCUGAACGUUAACGUGGCACUUGCCUUUCACUCGGCUGUGCGUCCAGUCGGAUGUUACGCCCAGUACAUGCUGAUUAUUAAAAACAUCUGCAUCAUGUUUUAGAAUUAAUUCACUUAAGUGGUUAUAUUAGCAUAUCACGAGGAAACAAAACAGCAAUGAAUGCAUAAAUGAAUGUUAAAGAAACUUUUUCACCAUGGAGGCAUGUCUAAAUGAAGCUCAAGUGAAAUUGAUUCAAUCAAUUGGUGCUGUUUCUUUUCGUGCUUUUUUUUUUUUCUUUUAAAACCUGAUUAGACGUUUUUUCUGUAAAGUCAGUAAUUCAUUCACCCAUUAUGGGGAAAGAGAUGCAGAUCUGGAGCUGAGAUGUUUUAAGGUUUAUCAGGUCUUCUCCAGAUACCUCAGUGGCUAAAGAAGUAGUCCCAUUACAUUCACUACUUAAGCUUCAGCACUACUUGUUCAUGUAGCCAAAUUUGAAGGAUUUAAUUGAUGUGUUUUUUAGUUAAAUCCUGAUUUGUCAAGAUUCAUGUUUUGAAAGUAGUUUCACACUGCACUUUCUCUUUGUACUCGUUUUCACAUGUUUAAAAAAUGCAACACGCUUGAUGUAUUUUUAACCUCAAAUGUAGGUAUUUUCAGUGUCUGACAAGCUUGGGAAAAAAAGAAUCUAUUUUUCUCAGUCUCUCAUAAAAUAUUUAACGCGUCUAAUCAUAGAGGCCCAUGACUCACCCUGAGCUGUGAGAUACGUAGGUGUUUUGGGGGUGAGAGAUAAAAGGCGGUCUGAUGUCUUGCAUGAAGGAAUCAUUUGUGUUAUUGACAAAAAAAAGCAGCAUCAAGAAUCAAGCGAUCCCUUUCAUUCUUUGGUGUAUUAUGUGCUCAGGUUGGUUCUUUCUACAAUAUCAAGAAUUUUAAAGCAUCAUCAUGUAUCACAAGAGCAAUAAGACAUCCUAUCAUCAUCUCUAACAGGUUACUCACCCCCCAUUAUACUUGGGUUUUUCCACCGGGGGGGAGGGGGGACUAACUAUUUUUAUAACCAUUUUUUUUAAAUAUAUUUUACCCAUUUUGAUAAAGUGAUUUUUCUCUCUAGAUUUUUUUGUUCCAGGAAAGUUUUGUAUUGAUUUAUCUUGGCCACAUUGUCCCUGUGAUUCAAGUAACAAGACCAAACUUGCGUCCUUUUUGGGAGCUCUUCAGUGUCUGGUCAGCUAGUUUUUAGACUGUUUUUAAGUAUCUGUUGUUUUAAUGUAUUAUUUGACAGUUCUGUCUUGCUGUAUUGUUACAUUAAUGUGGAUGUAUAAAGACUGAUCAAAAAGUGAUUUGAGGAUAGUUUAAUAUACUGUGGGUUUAAAUCUUU